UUGUACAAAUAAGGAAUAAUAAUAAUAAUAAAAAAUCUACCUUUAAGUGGUAAUUGUAUAAUUUAACUGUUCACUAGUUUAUACAUUUGUUGAUUAAAAACAAAAGUUUUCUUAUGACAUCCAUUUUUUCCCAUCAACUUCACCAAAUUCCUACACACAAGGACUUGAAGGCAGCAUUUAUUCUACAACAAAUCACCACAGAAAAUUAAUCACUGCCUUCUGGCCAAUCAGAAACGAGUAUUCCAGCACCGAUUACAAUAACAAACCCACACAGCAGCUCUGACAACUUUUCAAUUCCAUUAGCGCCUGACAGUCGGUUCGCGCAUUCGACUCUUUUCGAGGAGUCGUUCAGGAUUCGUUCGCGGCUGCUGUGGGAUGGUGAGCAGGAACAUGGGGGAGGAGAAGAGAAGAGAAGGGAAGACAAGAAGCGGCUCGGCUCGGGGCGUAGUCGGCCAGCCACGGUUUGAAUGAAAGGAGACGGAAAUACGAAGAACAGGAGUAACUGAUCCUGAAAGGAAAUUGACUCGGAAAGGAUCCGGUUCUGCUCGAAGCGGAACCGAGAAGGCGCACGAGGAAAUUUUAUUAUUAAUUUGUUUUGUGUUUUUUUUUUCCUUUCGGUUUUGUGAGUUUGUGCAAAGUGGAAAGAAGGAGGACUGCAGUUUAAAGAGGGAGCUUUGGGAGAAAUUGGAGGUUAUGUCCAAACUCUUGUGCAGAGAGUCCUGGUAAAGAAACCCGUAGGUUUUUCUCCGAGCUUCUCCUGUUGUUUAAUGCAGUCCAUGUGACUUGGUGUCCCAGCACUCGGCUGAUGAAUGUGAGCGAUAGUAUUCCCACUCAUUCACUCACACACUCUCUUAAUGAUCUGGGAACAUCUCAUGGACAGUGUGUGUGUGUGCAUUCCUGCAAUAUACUAAGCUGUAGCAUCUGCUUUGACCUAAAGGCUGUUCGGAUGUUAGACCAGACGCGCCGGAUUUGACUCGGUUUUGGAAAAGCUGCCUCUUGUUUGGGUUUUUUUUUGGGGCUUCUCUUUGUGUUACAGGAUCCUCACCAGUCCACUAUAGUCCUUCCUGAAGAAAGCAGAGUCACCACCUGAAUUGAGUCUGAAUGCAGCAUUAGGCCAAAUGAAGCCAUUGGAUACAUCCCAAACCACACAGUACUACACUACCUAAUUGGUCGUCCCUCAUCUCUCCAGCCUCCAAAAUAGAUUCUCUCAGGAGUAAGGUUGAGCUGCUGAAGCUGCCGCUUGCUCUCUCAUCCAAAUCCAUCUCCGAGCGCAAAACCCAGCUGGCCGGAGCAACAGAGCGCAACAGGGGCGGAGCUGGGGUCCACAAACCCCGCCCACUGGCCCCAGACAUGGACAACGAGUCCCAGUACUCGGGCUAUUCCUACAAGUCGUCACAUUCCCGUAGCUCUCGCAAGCACAGGGAUCGGAGAGACAGACACCGCUCUAAGAGCAGAGACAGCAGAGGGGACAAAUCGGUGACGAUCCAGGCUCCAGGAGAGCCGCUGCUGGACACAGAGUCCACUCGUGGAGAUGACCGGGAUGAUAACUGGGGCGAGACCACUACAGUGGUGACUGGAACGUCCGAGCAUAGCGUGUCCAAUGAGGACCUGACGCGAGCGUCCAAAGAGCUGGAGGACUCGUCUCCUCUGCAGUGCAAACGUUUUGCGGGACCGAUCCUGAGCGGAGUGCUGGGUCUUUUCGCUCUGCUCACGCCUCUCGCCUUCCUGCUGCUGCCUCAGGCGCUCUGGCGGGACACGCUGGAGCCGUGCGGCACGCCGUGCGAAGGCCUGUACGUCUCGCUCGCCUUCAAGCUGCUGGUGCUGGCCAUCUCGACGUGGGCUCUGUUCCUGAGGGCUCCGCGCGUCACCCUGCCACGCUUCUUCGUCUUCCGCUGCCUGCUGCUGGCGCUCGUCUUCCUCUUCGUGGCCUCCUACUGGCUGUUCUACGGCGUUCGCGUGCUGGAGCCCCGGGAGCGGGAUUACCGCGGCAUCGUGGGAUAUGCGGUGUCUCUGGUGGACGCGCUGCUGUUCAUUCAGUACCUGGCGCUGGUGCUGCUCGAGGUGCGACACCUGCGGCCCGCCUUCUGUCUCAAGGUGGUGCGCACUACAGACGGAGCUAGCCGCUUUUACAACAUCGGCCAUCUUAGCAUCCAGCGAGCUGCAGUGUGGGUGUUGGAUCAGUACUACAGUGACUUCCCCGUCUAUAAUCCAGCUCUCCUAAACCUGCCCAAGUCCAUCCUUUCAAAAAAGAUGUCCGGGUUCAAGGUGUAUUCCCUUGAAGAGAACAGCACCAAUAACUCAACCGGCCAAUCACGAGCGAUGAUCGCAGCAGCCGCACGCAGACGAGACAACUCCCAUAACGAGUAUUACUACGAGGAGGCCGAGAUGGAGCGCCGGAUCCGCAAGCGCAAGGCCAGGCUGGUGGUGGCCGUAGAGGAAGCGUUCACGCACAUCAGGCGACUCCAGGAGGACGAGGCGGCCGUGACCCCUAAGCACCCGCGCGAGGUGAUGGACCCCCGCGAAGCCGCUCAGGCCAUCUUUGCUCCGAUGGCACGCGCCAUGCAGAAGUACCUGCGCACCACACGCCAGCAGCCGUACCACAGCAUGGAGAGCAUCAUCUCACACCUGCAGUUCUGCAUCACACACAACAUGACGCCCAAAGCCUUCUUGGAGCGUUACCUGUCUGCCGGUCCCACCAUGCAGUACCAGAGGGAGAAUGGCAGGGGGCGUCAGUGGACGCUGGUCAGCGAAGAGCCCGUGACCUCAUCGCUGCGGCAGGGCCUCGUGUUCUCGCUCCGGCGCCUCGACUUCUCCCUCGUUGUCACGGUGACGGCGCUCCCCUUCCUUGCACUGGGUGAAGAAUUCAUUGACCCCAAGAGCCACAAGUUUGUCAUGAGGCUGCAGUCUGAGACGUCUGUUUAGAAAGCGGUACAGAGAAGAGGAAGAAGGCUCGGUGAUCAAGAUGGAGAGAACCACUUCUUUUUAACUAUUUUUUUUUAUAUCGCUGAGCCCGAGUCGUUUGUCUGAUUUAUUAUUAUUUUUUAAAUAUAUAUGUAGAUGGUUUGGACUGAACAGUUCUUGCGCAUUUCAAACGUAGACGGUUGGCAUUCCCGUCUCGACGACCCCAUAAAGUUAGUGUCACUGUGCAGAGCUGAGGCCCUUUAGGUGGUGGUGUUAUUGUUGAGAUGUCACUUUACCCACAGUGAAAUUGUCAGUUAGUCUUGUGAAAUGCCAAGCUGACUACGCAAAAGGCAUGUGUCAAGAGCUAAUGCAAGUUUGAUCUUCCUUUCUCAAGAAUAAGUGUGUUAACACUGUCAGGUCAAACAAUUGAGGUAUGACGCAUCCAUCAGAUUACAGCUGGAGAGCCUUUACACCUGAGUCUGAAUCAGCGUGUUUUGGUUUGGUUUCACAUUGCACAUAAUUAAACAGACCAAAAAGCACAACAUAUUUUAGAGUAUUCAGAACUAAAAAUAACUUCAUAAAACUUGAUUCAUUGGCCAGAGGUGAGGCGAAUCACAACAAUCGGCUGAACACUGAACAUGGAGCCGGCGUUAAAUAAAUGAUUAGAUAAUUAUAGAAGUUAUUAAUUAAAAAAGGAAAAAAAAAUACGUUUUGCAUACAGAGUUCUCUUUUUGUUUGUUGGUCGAAAUAUCCAGAGCGCCUCAGGUUAUGAGAAAAUGGAUCCUGACGUUUGAUUCACUUCCCGUAGUCGAGUCGAUUCAGUGUCGAAUCGGACUAAGAGUUCACUUGGAGUUCAAGUGGACCAGACGGUUGAGAUUGGGGUCUUCUCACCUGCUUAAAGAACCGCAGCAAGGGGGAAAACGUACCAAGUGUUUAUUCAAAUGAACUAAACACAGCGUAAUAAAAUAAAAAGUUGAGUCAUUUAUCAAAUCAGAAAUGAUUCAACUAGCAUUCAAGCAUGUUAUGGCUCCGGUUUCACUUCACAGGUCACCGAUGGCAACGUAUCUGAAGUGUAGUGAAGAUGGAGUGAAAAAUAAAAGCCGAAUACAAAACGUUUUAUCCAAUUGUUUUUUUUUUUUUUAAACCAAGUAAUUAAAAGAAACACUAUCAAGGCAUCAUUUUGGCCGAAAACAUGCAACUUUAAUUAAUUUGCAUCAGUUGACGGCUGCUUCAUAGACCUCAAUACCCCGUUAAUCGUGGCCUUGUUACACUACUGUAAUUAAACAUCUCUCUACUGUGCUUUACAACAUCAUACUUCUCUACACGUUCAUCUUUACAAUCAACGUGUUUACUACAUGUUUACUCUUUUUAAAAGCUGGAAACACUCCAUUAUUUCAUUAAUGUGUGUAAAUAGGAACCCAAAUCACAAGGGCUUAUAAAGUGUCUCCUCUCGUGAAUGUGGUCAGUAGUUCACCUCUGAAGUGCUAACGCUGCUACUCUGUGAGCAUUAUGCAAGUGAGAUCAUGCUAACAGGACUGCGUUAGCUUUCAUUCAUAAUGAUUGUUAAUGUUAUAGGGUGAACUAUUAGUUUUGUUGUAUACGUUUUUUUUUUAUUCUUAAAAAUGAUCAAGGGGCCUUUUAAAUGUUCGUUUGUUUACAUUUUGAAAAAAAAAAAGCUGGUUCAUGUACCUGGUAAUGAUUCCUUCAGAAUAAGGAAGGAAAUUGUUUUGUGUCAUUUCAGAGGUUGCGAUGUUCUGAUCACCUGUGACUUUUAUACGCCGUGGAAAUAAUGAUGCAAACUACAGCUCAGUGUGUGUCAAAACACAUCAUUCCAGUAAGACCAGACCUACUUCCUUAUUCAAAUCAUAUUCAUGUAGUGUAGUGGUAUUUGUGGUAGUAUGUGAGGGAGUGCACCUUCUCUCACACACACACUGGUGGCGCACAAAGUGCGCCCAUCGCUUGCCUUAUAAUUCAGACAACUCCCUUUAUAAGUCUCACACAGCGAGGCCCACAGCCUUCAGCACAUGUUACACUUUGUAUGUUUUUUGGCAGCUGUAAACAUUGUUGUUUUUCCCCUUUUGUACAUAAAUCAAAUUUGUCAUUUUUUUUUUUUAAAAAAGAAAGGAAAUCUUCAAUGCUAUGGAAGACUGAAAGUUUUAUUUCAUGUAGGUUGUUUUUAAAUGAACCCGAGUUCUUUAGGCCUAAUGCAUGCACAUAGGUAAUGAAGUUUUGUAACAUUUGUACUCCUCACCUUGUUCUUUUAAAGUGAAGCUAAGCCUUUAACUUUUUUUUUCUUCAAAAAAAAAAAGAAAAAUAA